UCUUCAUUAAUAUUAGUAUUAGAUUAACAUUUUUUUAGUGUUUUAAAUAAACGCAUAACUAUAAGCAUUAUUUAAGAUCAAUAAAAUGCGGGUAAUAAAUUCAAAUAUAGAUAUUGAAGUUAAUACUCCCAAGUAUAGUCCAAGUAAGGUUUUAAAAUGCGAAUGUAGAAAUAGAUAUUAUGUGUCCGUACUCAAAUCCUAACCAUUAAUCCAUUACCAUCCUAGUUAAAUUUACUAAGUUAGUGCAUGUUUGUUAACAUUUGGAGCAAAAUGAAGUUUACAAAAACAUCCAUACCCUUUCUUUUGUAAAAUUGAGUUUAUGGACCAUUAAAUUUACUUCAAAAUUCGUGCAUCAUAUUUUGAGCUGAAAUCUAAGCAUGCACUUAAACAUUGCGUGUUGAGUGCUGCUAGGUGCACCCAGCAGUUUUGCUGGUACACCCAGCAAUUAGUGUGAAAAGGCAAAAAUGCCCUUCCUUAAUUUAAAAAAAAAACGUAACCUCUCUCUCUCCCUCCCUGCGUUUGCGCUUCUCUUCUUCUUCUUUCGGAUCAGUUCUCUCCUUCUUCUUCCUACUUCUUCAUCUUCCUCAUCUUCCUGCUUCAUCACAUUUCUUCUUCUUGCUGCUUCUUCUUCCUGCGCCUUCUUCUUCCUGCGUCUUCUUUGUGGCUCUUCUUCUUCUUCGUUGAGGAGGUGCAGUGGUGGUGCGAGGAAGCUUCCGCGAAGAGCAACGGUCGUUUGCACGUCCACCGUCGAGAUCAUGGUUAGGACCAGAGGAUUAGGUCGUGCCUUAGGUCAGGUCACUCGCAGAGGUGUGGGCAGAGGAGAUCAUGAUGAUUCCGAUGAUGCUCCACAGCGUCGAUGACCUACUGCAUCCGCACGGAGGCAUCGAGUUGCUGUGACUGCGGAUCACGUCGAUGAGCCAGUCAUCCCUGACCCAGACGUUCAGGAUGACCCGAUGGGGGCACCAGCUGUUGUGGAGGACAUUCCUGCGGACGCAGGCUCAGAGGCGGCUGAGGAUUAGCCUCAGGAAUUUCCGGAUGGUCCGAGCUACCCAUCUAUGCUGACAGCAUAUGCGGAUCACGUUGCUUGCAGCGUAUGGACGGGAGAGGAGCGUCCUGAAUUGAAGUUAUCCUCGCAUGGGAGGAAGGUCCAUAGUUUAGGCAGGCCUGUCCCUACCAUUGAGGGACUUAUCGCUGGUACAGGACUAAGUCCUCUGAUCGCGUGUUCGGUAGACACCGGUGAUUGGGGACUUUUGUCCGCGUUUGUGGAGCGGUGGCACCGGGAGACGUCUAGUUUCCAUCUUCCGGUGGGUGAGCUCACCAUCACAUUGGACGACGUCUCUUCUCUUCUCCAUCUUCCCGUUAUAGGCGACUUUCACGCAUUUGAGCCCUUGCACGUGGAUGUUGCGGUUCAGAUGCUGGUGGACUUGCUGAUGGUGUCUCCAGAGUCUGCUAGGGCUGAGACAGUCCAGUGUCGCGGAUCGUACGUACGCCUGCAAUGGGUACGUGAUAUAUAUCAGCGCCGAUGCCAGGCAGGUCAUUGGACAGCUGCGGCUCGUGCAUAUCUUAUUCACCUGCUGGGUUGCACUCUGUUUGCUAACAAGAGUGCAAUCAAUGUCCAUGUUGUCUACUUGGAGGCCAUUCGGGACCUCAGUAAGACAGAUAGGUACGCUUGGGGAGUGGCUGCUUUGGUUCAUAUGUACGACCAGCUGAACGAUGCAUCCAUGAGCCACAGUCGACAGCUUAGCGGUUACAUCACACUGCUGCAGUUACAUCUAUAGUGCUGGAUUUACGAGCAUUUUCCCUCAGUUGCGGAGUCCACCGCUGAUUAGGACUACGACGAGGCUUCUCCGCGUGCGUGCAGGUGGAUUGCGACGAAGAAGACCGUGAAGAGCAUUCGCACGCCGUCGUAUAGGGAGCGCCUGAACCGACUCCGAAUUUCAGAUGUCUGUUGGAUCCUGUAUGGGGAGCAUCGGGAAGUCCAGGACUUCCACGUCAGAUCAUGCUACUCCGGUCUCUUGCACUGGGGGCUUGUUGCUGUGUAUUACCGACCGGAGAAGGUCGUGCGGCAGUUUGGUUACACGCCAGCCAUUCCUGCUCCACCUGUCGAUUCAUGGGUCUCGUAUGAUGAUAUACACGACAGGUGGAUGCACUACGAGGGUCAUAUCGUACCUGUAGGUGAGGUGUGCGUGGUGCUAGGGGCGUGUUCCAGUGACUACAUCGAAUGGUUCUUUCGCAUCUCUCAUCCUUUCAUGACACCAGGCCACGCAGUAGAUCCUUUGCCUCAUGGUCACGCCCCGCAACCCCGAGUCGUCCCUCAGGCCCCGCAGACGGAUAUCCCUCGCGUGACGGAGCCAGGAGCAUCGUCGACAUCUGCGGAGGAGCCCAGACAUGCAGUGAUAAGAAGUUUGUGAUAACAUUGUUGAGCGGUUGGAGUGCCAUCUGAGUCUAGGGGUGGUCACGCCUGGCUCAUCGACACAUGAGGUGAUCAAAGAAUGUCUCAGAUUGGCCAGGAGUGUCACACAGGACCAUCUAGUAUACGUUAUGUGCAGACGCAGGCAGCGCACUGAUCAGGCUUAGUUUAUGUACAUAUUUUACAUUGAUAUUCCAUGUAUAUACAGAUAUUGUACAUGAACUCAUUUCAUGAGUAUUGUUGGUUUUAUUUAUUUUCAUUAA